AUGAUCGCGACCACGCUGGCGAAGAAGAAUGCCGACGGGAUGAGCGUCAGCACCUGGAGCCUCAACCUGUCUGGCUUCCUCAUCUUUGUGUCCGCCGUCCUGCUGGCGCUCACUGCCCGCUACCAGCGGGCGCUGCCCCCGAUCGCGCUGCUGCCCGCUGCGAGCCUCGCCGCUGCGUCGCUGCUUCCAACGGCUUUCCUCGGGCCGCUGCAGGGCGUGGCUGCCUUCAUCACGUCGGUGGCGCUCGUGCCGCAAGUCUGGCGCAACUUUGCGGCGCGCUCGCGCGGCGGUUGGAGCCCGAUCUCGGCCGCGCUCAGCACGGGCGGCAACGCGGCGCGCAUCUUCACCACCCUCACGCUGGCGGAGGGCAACCCGAUUCUGUUGGCGCAGUUUGCAGCCUGCCUGCUGCUGAAUGGCGUCCUGCUCGUGCAGGCGCUGGUGUGGGACUGA